AUGCGUUACGAAAACUGGGAUGUCCUCCUCUUCCCGGAGACGUGCAAGACCCCCAUCCAAGAGUUCAAAACCCAGUGCUUCGUUACCAAAGACAGAGAAUCACCUUAUCUCCAAAACCCUAGCAUCGUCACCCCAUCAUCUUACUACGCCGCCCAGGGAAAUUUCGGCCAGCUGCCCAUCCUGACAACAUUCGUCCCGAGUCUUCCGCCUGAGGCCCCGUUCCGAGUCUCAAUCCAUUCAUGGGAGAAGCCACGACCCAGUCGGUUUAUCGAAUCCCUCAUGCAGCCAGAUGAUCUAUUGCUCUUUGAAGCGAGAGUCUUUGUGGAUGGGAUUUGCACUGCAGGGAGCAUCUUCAGCCAGAGGACUGCUUGGCCACAUGUCAUUGGCAAGCCUUUCGACCUCAGCUCGCGCAUCGAUCGAAAUGGCAACCAAGACUUCCUGCGAUUCCCGCCGUUCCACCCUGAGAUACUCGAACAGCGAGGUUGGAAUGCCGAAGACACACAGGGCCGGAUCAGAGUGGUCAUUGCUGAAGGCUUCGCUCGUCCGCAUCGCGACCCUCCAUUCGAACGGGUGAAGGAUGCUAUUGCGCUCUCGUUUCAGCAUGCGCCGAUUGAUGUGCUGGAAUACUCCAACAUCGCCUGGCCAAAUUCGUCCAUGUGGACUCCGGCACCUCGGAAUGCCUUCAAGUACAGCUCGGCCAAUGGAUACAGCGAGUUUGAACCAGAGGAUGCUCAUGCUCAUUCGCCAAGCAAGCAGGGUCGAUUGAUGGCCCCGGAGAGCAGCCACUCCAGCGGCCAAAUAAGCGGCCAAAUAAGGGUCUAUAACGCCUGGGCUCCCGGCCGUGACUUCCCCAUGCCCAUGACGCAGUGGCUCUACCAGCGAGACCCGCGGUGGGGAGGAUACCACGAGCCGCCGCACCUGGAACCCGCGACUGCGAUGGACCCUUAUGUCUCUGAAGUUACCUGGCGCCAGCGAGGUGCCCGUUCAUCUCGCGAAGACGUUCCCAUGCCCGACUACACCGGAUCAAACUCGUCUGGAAGCCGUGCGAUCUCCAGCAUGACUGGAAUCAGCUACGAACACAGCAAGCAGCCCAGCAUCAUUGCUCCGAUGGGUGAUGACCAGUAUCACCAGCUGAUCCAGGCCCUCAGCCCAAACAAGACUCUCCCCGAUGGUCAUGUCAACUCGAAUUCCUCGUCCGCCAUCGUACCAAUGGGUACGAGGCUCUCGGCUGCCGCUGACGCCCGCACUGCAAGCUAUGCUCGGAGCAGUACUGCUGCCCGUUCAGCUCUGCGUGAGAUCUCGCAGCCCAGCACCCGAGAAGUCUCUGAGUCGAGUAUGAAAUCGAGUGCCCCGGCCGAUCCCACGCUGGAAACAACCACGCCUUCCAAACGGCAUGUCAGUCCCAACAGUAAUGUCAAGAGCCGGAAGGAGGGGUCUGACAACAAGGAGAAUGAAGAUGAGAGCCAACCACCGCGCCGACCGUCUGGAAAGAAGUGCACGCCGCCUUCGAUGAGCAAGUGCCACACGAGUGCAAGCAUUGAGAAGUCGAGCGAAAAGGUGAGGAAGCCUGCCGCCGCCGCAGCUAAUCUUACCGAUGCGACACCCACCAAGCCUCGUGUCACCAGUGACAACAGCACCAAGAGCAUGCUGGGUGCGUUUGAUGACCUCGAGACUGUCAGUGAGAAGAGCUCUGUUCUCGCAGAAAUUGACUGA